AUGUUGCGUUGGCAUUCGGUGCGCAGGAAACAACAUCAACAAUUACAAGGUAGGUCAAAAUUUGGCGCGAAAAAUGAGGAAUUUUGAUACUGAACAAGCAUAUUCGCUCUAAUGAUGAUUUUGCAGCGCGAAAAAUGCGAUUCUUUAACAUUUUAAAAUAGCAAAUGCGCUCUAUUGCUAAUUUUAUCGCGUUUCUAAGCUCCGCCCACUUUUCUGCAAGUCUGGCACGGUUUUUUUGCAAAAUGAAAAAGCCAAAAAUCAUUUUAUUUUCAAAUGUUAUCAAAAAUGUUUCUUUUGUUCCCCGAAAAUUAAUUAAGUUUUCAAAUCGUUUGAUUUUUGCGCCAGAAUCGAACAUUUUAUUUUUUUUUCCAAAAAUUUUCAAAAAAAAACGUCCUCUAAAAACUGGAGGGUUCAUUAAUUUUUGCCAUUUUUUGCUUUCAAAUUUUUUUUUUUGGAGAUGCGCUUUUUUAAAAGGAUUUUUAUUAUGUUUUUAGUCGAUUUUCAAAUUUUUGGCCAAUUUUUGCUCAUUCCCUCCAUAAAAUCACUUUUUUUUAGUUAGAGAAAAAAAAAUUGGGAAAAAAAUUUAGAAUUUUUCCCACCCGACCACAAUUUUUUUUCUUACAUUAGUUUUGGGAGAAAAAAAUUGACAGAGAUUUUUCUUGAUUAAUAAUUUUUAUUCCAUUUGAUUAAGGAAGUGUUUAGGUAGGAUUUAGGGGGAAUUUUUAGGCUUCAAUAUUAGGCCUAAAAUUUUAGACGCGAGAUUUUGAUCUAGAAAAGUUCUAGGAAAAAAUUAGGGAUCAAAAAGUUCAGAAAAUCUAGAAUUAAGUUUAGGCCUAGCUUAGGCCCGAUUUUAGGCUCUCAUAGGCUCAGUCUCUGCUCGAAAAUAAGCCCAAAAUUUUAGGAUUUUUCCAGAUCAAAAAGUCCAACCUGAAAAAAGCGUGAUCUUAGGCCUGACUCAAGUAUACUCUCAAUCAAAUUCAGGCCCCUUCUAGGCCUCUUCUCAGGCUCACCUAACACCCAUCCUCAAUUUCCCACCGCAAAACCGCAGCCUGAGAUAAAUUACCCUCACAUUUUUCAUUCAUCUCAUCAUCUUUUCGAUUUCCGGGCAGCUUCUCCAUUUUUCUUCGGCUGUGCCACUGAAAAAAAAGAGAUGGCAGACGAUGAGUUUCCGAUCUUUGAUUCGAUACAUUCAGGUAAGCCCAGGCCUGGGCUUAGGCCUAAGUUUAGGGCCAGAGAGCCUGAAGAGGCCUAAGUUUAGGGCCAGAAUUUGAGAGCCUGAAACUAAGAUCAGCCUGAAUUUGUUCCUAGAGAAUUUCAACAUAUUUUUGUAACCUAAAAAACUUUUGCAUUUGAAUAAUCCACGUGGCAAACCUGAAAAUCUUGAAUUCAAAAAAUGAAUUUUAAAAAUCUGCCAUUUCUGUUUUGAAUUUGGAGCAUUUUGAGCUAAAAUUGUUAGGGUGAGCUUGAAAUUUUGAAUAUUUUGAAUUUUUCAAAAUUUACAUUGGAGCGCACUUGAAUCCGCUUCUGUUUCUGAACAUUUUCAGGUAUUUUUCAAAUUGAGGUGAUUUUCAUAGCAAAUGCGCUCUAUUGAUAAAUUUCAAAACGUCGGAAAUUUUCAAAUUUUCAUUUUUUUUUCUGUUCGAAAUUCCACGUGGAUUGUGCCUUUUGGGAUAUUCAGAAGCCUUAGACUUAUCCUAACCAUUAACCUAAAGCUUAAGGCUUAACCUUAGGAUAACCUUAACCCCAACCUAAAUCUGAAGACUAGAAAAACACAACUUGACAAAAAAAACGUGAUAAAUUAUGUAUUCCCAAAAAAAAAAAAUAUCCGAUUUCUUUUGCGCGCCAAUUUUUUUUUUGGCUCCAGAAAAAUUGGGGGAGCACCGAAAAAAUAAUGAUAUACAAAUAAAUACAUUUUUUUGUUGUAGCCGAGCUUUCAUCUGGCGGCGCAGGAAUGUUGUCGGCUCCAGAAUCGAGACGAGUUAGCCGAAGUAUGAGUGUUAAAGGUGAGGAGUUUGAGCGGCGGGGGAGAAAUUUGAAUUCGGGUUUUUUUGGCGGGGAUUUUUUGGGAUUCUUGAAAUUCAAAGGGUUUUUUUGUGAAGCUGAAUUUAAUUUUUGAAAAUUUUUAAAAAACAAAAUUCAGAAUUCUGGAAAAUUUUGAUUUUUUUUCAAAAAUUCAAGUUUGCCACGUGGAUUUCUAGAGCUUUAAAAAUUUUUAGCACAAAAAUCUGAAAUUAUUGGAUUUUCUACUAGAAAAAUUUUGAGCUAAACAAAAUUUGCCCACGUGGAUUUUUCGAGCGUUUGAAAUUAGAGUUUCAGAAAAAUAUUUAGAUAUUUUUGCUCAGCAAAAAUUGUGCCACGUGGAUUUUUCUGAAGCCAAAGCCUCCACAAACUCAAAUUUUCAUUUCCAGCUCCCACAGCCGCCGAAUACAUGCCAUUGCCACUUCGCGACAAACCCUUGCAGCUCUCGAAUUCGCUGAGCCUCGAUCCAAAUGAGCCCAUCUCGGCGCUGACUCCAACAAAAGAGAGUCGAGUGGCGGCGUUGCGGAGAAGAUCGUCGAUGGUUCGAGACAAAUGGGCCACCAAAAUGGAAUUUCUUUUGGCUGUUAUUGGAUAUGCGGUGGAUUUGGGGAAUAUUUGGAGGUGAGCAACUUUUUCAGCACAAAAUUUUGGUAUAGAAACGUCAAUUUUUGAAAAUUUUUAGAUUUUUUACGGUUUGCAUUAGAGCGCACUUGAUUCCCUUUGUUUUUCUGAUCAUUUUCCUAUAUUUUCAAAGCUCUAAAAGUCAUUGCGAAGCUUGUUAUAGAAAAUGCGCUCCAAUGCAAAUGUUUAAAAUUUAAUAAAUUUUCAAAUUUUCUUUUUUUUGCUAGAUCUCUGAGUUUCUCUUUUUCUGGAAAUUUUUUGAUUGUUUUUCCGUGUUUUUUCCAUGGGAAAACAGAAAAUUAAUUGAUUUCUGAUUUUUGGCAGAAAAUUCAGUGAUUCAUCAAAAUUUCCAGACUUCAAAAAGUUGUUUGAUUCGGAAAUAUCUAGAUCACAUUUUUUCGCUGAACCGAAUACAAAAAAAGGGCGUUCUCACGCCCUCGAUGAAUAAUAUGAGCAAUCGUGAAAAAUAGGAACUUCAAAAAAAAAAAGAAAAUUUGAAAAUUAGAUGUUUUCAGAAAAUUCUCAAUAGAGCGCACUUGAUAUAACUAGCUUAAAAUUAGCUUUUAAAGCUCGAUUUAUAUAGGAAAAUGUUCAGAAAAACACCAGGAUGCAAGUGCGCUCCAAUGCAAAUUUUGAAAAGUUACAUAAAUUUCAAAAUUCUCAAUAGAGCGCAUUUGCAAACAUAAGGUUAAAAUUGUGCAGUAAUGCUUAACGUCAAACUCAAAUCAAUAUGCAAAAUUAAAGCUUUAUUCUCAACAAGCUCUGAAAAUGGGUGAAACAAUUAAUUGCCAAAAGGCCCAAAACACCUGUUCUGAAAACAAUGUUCAAAAAAUCCACAAUCAGAACCGUCACGGCAUUUCUUCAACUCCGAAGCCGAUGCGAAGAUUGUGAAGAUUGUGAAGAGGAGAACGAUCAAGAACUUCAUAGCGAAAUUGUUUGUUGAUAUGAGAAAUGAGAUUGGAGCUGGGCUUUUAUGUGCAAAUUUUGAUUCGAUUUGAGAAAUCGAUGAUUCGAUAAGCGAACUUUAUUUCGAUUCAACAAGUUUUCAGAAAAUCAAACGAUCAAAAAUUUUUGGGGUGAAGGUUGAAAAAAUGAUUUGGGAUCCGCCAAAAACAAGAAUCAAUCAAGAAUCGCAGUUCUUCUCACAAAACUCACAAAACAGACCAAAAAAACCCAUUUCGAAAAUAAAACACAAAACGCGCCUUCACACAAACACGUCAAUUCUGUGAGGCUGGGCGCGUUUUGUGUGCAGUGCUUUUGAAUUCUUCAAAUAUUUUUGAUCAUUUGAUUUUCUGAAAACUUGUUGAAUCGAAAUACAGCUCGCUUAUCGAAUCAUCGAUUUCUCAAAUCGAAUCAAAAUUUCCACAUAAAAGCCCAGCUCCAAGUUCAUUUCUCAUAUCAACAAACAACUUUGCUAUGAAGUUCUUGAUCGUUCUCCUCUUCACAAUCUUCACAAUCUUCGCAUCGGCUUCGGAGUUGAAGAAAUGCCGUGACGGUUCUGAUUGUGGAUUUUUUGAACAUUGUUUUCAGAACAGGUGUUUUGGGCCUUUUGGCAAUUAAUUGUUUCACCCAUUUUCAGAGCUUGUUGAGAAUAAAGCUUUAAUUUUGCAUAUUCUUAUGAGUUGGACCUUAGACGACAAAAUUUUAUUUGCUCAAUCUUUUGAGCAACUAAAAUUUUGUCGGCUUACCCCCCCCUUUAAAAAGUAUACGAAAAUGCUCAAAAAACACCAAGAUUCAAAUGCGCUCUAUUGCAAAAAUUGAAGCAAUCAUACAUAAUUUUUCAAAAAUAUAUCGUGUUUGGGCUCAAAAUGCUCCAAAUUUUCCAGAUUUCCGUCAGUCUGCUAUAAACACGGUGGCGGUGCCUUCCUCAUCCCAUACUUCAUAAUGUUAAUGCUUGGCGGUUUGCCAAUGUUCUAUAUGGAACUGGUUUUGGGACAAUUCCAUCGUUCCGGUUGUAUUAGUAUUUGGCGCAAGAUUUGUCCACUUUUUCGCGGAAUCGGCUAUGGUAUUUGCUUCAUUUGCACUUUUAUUGCCAUUUUUUAUAAUGCUAUUAUUGCACAGGCUGUUUAUUUUGCGUUUAGCUCGAUUUCGGUGAGUUUUGCUCGAAAUUUUAAAUUUCUAAAAAGUUUUCUAGGCUAUCAUUAGAGCGCACUUGCUUUAUUGAGCUUUAAAAACGCUUGUAGAGCUCGAAAAAUACACCAAAAUGCUCAGAGUGCUCUCUUGAAAUUUGUUUGGAUUCUCAAAAUUCUCGAUGGAGCUCCCUUGAAUCCCCUUCGGUGUUCAAACUUUAAAAGUGAAUUUGUAGCUAGUUUUAGCAAGUGCGCUCUAAUGAUAAUCAAGAAAAUUUUUAAAAUAUUCAAAUUUGGUGUCAAAAAAUCCCCAAUUUUGCAGCUUCAAGUCCCAUGGGCAACUUGCAACAACACGUGGAACACCCCAAAAUGUUCGGACGAUCUAAAUGUGACUCAUUCAAAAUCCGGCGAGCGUUUAACAACACCAUCCGAAGAAUAUUAUCUCUACAACGUGCUGGAAUCUCAAAAAUCGACGGGUUUUGAUGAUUUGGGCGGGGUGAAACCGAGUAUGGCAAUUUGUUUGGCUCUUGUGUUCACCAUGGUCUACUUUGCCCUCUGGAAAGGACCACAAAGUUCGGGGAAAAUGGUGUGGGUCACUGCCACCGCACCCUAUUUCAUUUUGACGAUUUUAUUGAUUCGCGGACUGACUUUGCCUGGAGCUAGUAAAGGCCUGAUGUUCUAUGUGACACCGGAUUUUGAUAAAUUGUGGGAUCCGGCUGUUUGGUCGGCCGCAGCCACUCAAAUCUUCUUUUCACUUGGACCCGGGUUUGGCGUGCUGUUGGCGUUGAGCAGUUAUAAUGAUUUUAAUAAUAAUUGUUAUCGGUAGGUGGAUUUUGGCCACGUGUCAAAUCUGACUUUCUUCUGCAAUCCUGGCACACUUUUCUGAUCAUUUUGAUAUCAAAUAAACCCAGAAAAAAACGGUGCCAGACUUGCAGAAAGUGGGCGUGGCUUUAUUCGGUAUCAAAAAAUGCGCAAUUCAUUUUUGCAGCGACGCAGUGGUCACCUCAAUAAUCAACUGCGGAACGUCGUUCUUCUCCGGCGCCGUCGUCUUCUCCACCCUCGGCUACAUGUCCGAACUCACAAAUCGGCCAGUCGGCGAAGUUGUCGGCGAAAAUGACGCGAGUCUGAUUUUCAUGGUCUACCCGCAGGCGUUGGCCACAAUGGCCUACAGCAACUUUUUCUCAUUCAUAUUUUUCGUCAUGUUAAUUACACUUGGUAUUGAUUCGACUUUCGCUGGAAUCGAAGCGCUUAUCACGGGAUUUUGUGAUGAGAGUCGACUUUUGACAAAACAUCGCAAGUGGUUUGUGUUGGUCGUUUGUGUGGUUUAUUAUUUUUUGAGCUUCCCGGCGAUUAGUUAUGUGAGUUUUUUUUGGGUUAUAGGGGGGAUUUUGAGCAUUUGGAAACCACACAAGCAUAAUUUUAGGGUUCCUAAGGUCCUUAGGAGCAUUUAGAGACCACACAAGCCUAAUUUUAGGGUUCCUUAGAUCCUUAGGAUCAUUUUGAAACCUCGCAAGCCUUGGUUAGGGUUCCUUAGAUCCUUAGGAGCAUUUUGAAACCUCGCAAGCCUAUCUUAUGAUAACCUUCAUGUUUCUAAGGUCCUUCGGCACCUAUAACCUUAGUGUUAGGGUUCCCUAACGCCUAAUUAACACUCUAAGGUCUUUUAUAACUCAAAUGCUCUCUAUUGGACACCUGACAAAUUUGAAAGUUUUCAAAAACUCAAGUGCGCUCCACUGCACACAGUCCAAAUUUCAACAUUUUCCCCAAAAACCUCUCCAAUUUAAAGGGACAUCAAUACGUGGUUCCAUUCUUGGAUGACUACGGAGUGUCGUUGUCAGUGCUAUUUAUGGUAACUUGCGAAAUGAUCGCCGUGUGCUGGUUUUAUGGAAUUGAGCAAUUUUCAAAGGAUAUUAGGUGAGUAAAAAAACCGUGCCAGACUUGCAAGAAAAGGCGUGGCUUUCUCUUCUCAAUCGCUCAUUUUCCAGAGCAAUGCUCGGCUUCUACCCGGGAAUCUAUUGGCGCACAUGCUGGACAUUCUCCCCGAUCUUCAUCUCCAUCAUCUUCGGUAUGACCAUCUACAACAGCAACUUCACUCCAAUACAACUCGGCCCCUACACUUUCCCCUGGUGGAGUGUUGUGUUGGGAUGGAUGUUGCGGUUGCUGUCGGUGCUCUCAGUGCCCGUUUUCGCGCUGAUCUAUAUUGCGAGUGGCACGGGAAGCUUGCGGGAAAGGUUUAAGUGGGCGAUUACACCGCAGCAGCGCCGAACAUCUGCGACGAGUUUGGCGGCGGAUCCGACGCAGAUUAUUGAUAGCAGUUUGCUAGAUCCCGUCAAUCACUUGACCCCUGUUUAA